AUGGAAUCAACAUAUACAGAAUAUCUCGGAGAUAUGUUUGAUAAAAUCAACACCGUGCCGCAAACGGCAAGAGAAAACUCGAUAACGUCCAAGUUAAAGCCAGAAGAGUACUACGACAGACGAAUCAACUCGCAAAAUUUCAAAGUAGGAUAUCUAGUAUAUCCAAUAAAGGAACCUAGUAAAGGAAAAUUUCCUUGUCAAUAUACAAGACCGCAUAAAGUGUUAGAAAUUUUGCAAAAUCAAAACAUCAAGAUUAAAGCGAACGAGAUUCCGUGAACAAUGCACUUGAACAAGUAAAACUAGCACAUAACUGAAAUAACAAUAAACUAAACAAUUUCAAGGCAAUACAGUGCAGUAGUACGUAGUAUAGUGCUGCUUGUCGAAUAGUACAGAUAGUGGAAAC